GUGACUCAUAAGUCAUAAAAGUAGAAUAUUUUUUUCAAUAUGUUUCAUUUUUAUGUUGUUUUAUUUAUUUCCUUGAUUGUAUUUUGUAGGUAUUUACCUCUUGUUUCACUUGUCAAUGUGAUGGAGUCUUAAAAUAAAGCAUAUAUUAUCGUAUAGUUGUUUUGUAGGCGUUCCAUAUAAAAAAAUCUUAUUUGUAAUCGCCCUUUGAAAUGCUUUCGGCAAGUCUGCACUCAGGUUUUAACUACAAGUAUAUAAUAAUGUAAUUACUCCAGCCCAGUUGACGCAAAAGAGCAAAGAACAGACAAGAAAUAACAGAAGUAAAUAAAAUGUCGAACAAGCAAAAUACAGACGUGUGUAUGACCCUUGAUGAGACUACAGGUUUCAUGAUUGUUAAAUUUGAUGGAACAACAACUUCUGUGAUUUCACCCCUUGAAGAGGUGACUACAGUUGCAGAUUGCAUGAUUGCAACCCUUGACGAGACUACAGGUUUCAUGAUUGCAAACCUUGAUGAAACAACAACUCUCGGUACUUUUCCCCUUGAUGAAACAACAAGUCCCGACAAUUCACCCCUUGACGAGACCGCAAAGUCCAUGAUAUCACCUCUUGACAAGACUACCAGUCAAUUAGUUCAAGAGGACAUGAAAGGAAUGCGACAAAAAUUACACGGGCACGUUAAAACAAAUACCGGAGAAAAACCUUUUCAAUGUAAUAUAUGUGGUGAAAGUUUUAAAGUAAAACAGACUUCUUAUUAUAGACACAUAAAAACACACACUGAAGAAAAGCCACAUAAAUGUAAUGUAUGCGGUGAAAGGUUUAAUCAGCGUUCCUUUUAUAGACACGUUAAAACACACACGGAAGAAAAACCCCAUAAAUGUAAUGUAUGCGGUGAAAGGUUUACACAGAGUUCCUUUUAUAGACACGUAAAAAUACACACUGACGAAAAACCUUUUAUCUGUGAUGUUUGUGGUGAAGGGUUUUUCAGGAAACGAAAGUUACAAGCACAUAAAAGAAUACACAUUAAUGAAAACUCUUUCAAAUGUGAAAUAUGCUAUAAAGGAUUUAAAUCAAAAUAUACUUUACAGGGACACAUGCGAAUACACACGGGUGAUAAACCUUUUAAAUGUGAAAUAUGUUUCAAAGGAUUUAGCAAUAAACAGGUUUUGAAGGCACACAUAAGAACACACAAUGGCGAUAAACCUUUUAAAUGUGAAGUAUGUGGUAAAACGUUUGUCGUUAAAGGCAGGUUAAAGAACCACUCUAGAAUACAUACUGGUGAAAGACCUUUUAAGUGCAAUAGGUGUGGUAAAGAUUUUAGUGACAGAAGUGCCUUUAGUAGACAUAUGAAAUUGCAUACUGGAGAUAAACCUCACAAAUGUGAUGUAUGUGGUCAAAGAUUUUUUAGAAAUCAGCAUUUACAAACACAUAUGAGAAAACACACUGGCGAUAGACCAUAUAAAUGUAAUUUAUGUGGGAAAAUGUUAAAUCAUUGUCAAAGCUUAAAGUUGCAUAUGAGAACACACACUGGUGAUAAACCUUAUAAAUGUGAUGUAUGUGGUAGAGGGUUUAGUCAGAGUGGUAACUUACAGAAACACAUGAUAACACAUGCUGAAGAUACACCCUAUAAAUGUGAUGUAUGUGGUAAAAUGUUUAGGCAUUGUCAAAGCUUAAAGGGACACAUGAGAACACACACUGGACACUCAAAGACUGGAAAUAAACCUUAUAAAUGUGAUGUAUGUGGCAAAGUGUUUAGUCAUGGUAAAAGCUUAAAGGAACAUACACGAUUACAUACUGAUGAUAAAACUUAUAAAUGUGAUGUUUGCGAUAAAGUGUUUAGUAAACGUCAAAGCUUAAAGUUACAUAUGAGAACACACACCUGUGAUAAACCUUAUAAAUGUGAGGUAUGUGGUAAAGGAUUUAUUGUGAAUAGUAGCUUACAAGUACACAUGAGAACACACACAGGAGAUAAACCUUAUAAAUGUCAGGUAUGUGGUAAAGGUUUUGGUGUGAAUGGUAACUUACAGAGACACAUGAGAACACACACAGGAGAUAAACCUUUUAAAUGUGAAGUAUGUGGUAAAAGUUUUAGUGUGAAUGGUAGCUUACAAGACCACAUGAGAACACACACUGGAGAUAAACCUUUUAAAUGUGAUGUCUGUGGUAAAGUGUUUAGUCAUCGUCAAAUCUUAAAGGAACACAUGAGAUUACAUACUAAUGAUAAACCUAAUAAAUGUGAUGUUUGCGAUAAAGUGUUUAGUUAUCGUCGAGGCUUAAAGGUACACAUGAGAACACACACUGGUGACAAACUCUAUAAAUGUGAUGUAUGUGGUAAAGGGUUUAGUCAGAAUGGUAACUUACAGAGACACAUGAGAACACACAGGAGAUAAACCCUUAUAAAUUUGAGGUAUGUGGUAAAAGUUUUAGUGUGAAUGGUAGCUUACAAGACUACAUGAGAACACACACUGGAGAUAAACCUUUUAAAUGCGAUGUGUGUGGAAAAGUUUUUAGUUAUCGUCAAAUCUUAAAGGAACACAUGAGAUUACAUACUAAUGAUAAACCUAAUAAAUAUGAUGUUUGCGAUAAAGUGUUUAAUCAUCGUCAAAUCUUAAAGGAACACAUGAGAUUACAUACUAAUGAUAAACCUUAUAAAUGUGAUGUUUGCAAUAAAGUGUUUAGUUAUCGUCAAAGCUUAAAGUUACAUAUGAGAACACACACUGGUGAUAAACUUUAUAAAUGUGAUGUAUGUGGUAAAGGGUUUAGUCAGAAUGGUAACUUACAGAGACACAUGAGAACACACGGGAGAUAAACCCUUAUAAAUGUGAGGUAUGUGGUAAAGGUUUUAGUGUGAAUGGUAGUUUAUGAG